AAUUGCUGUCAUUAAAAUUGCUCUGUCUUCCAUUUGGUCUGCUCGUGUACAGCUGUAACAGUUGAACUGCGUGAUCUAAUCUGACAGGAGAUUGAAAACGACAGAAAAAAGAACAGAAGCUGAUAACUAUGGAAGAAGACAAGUUAGACUUGUUUCUGGUUCCAUUAGGGCUGAUCCUACUUGCUCUCUACCAUGUUUGGCUUCUUCGUACCGUUCUCAAGCAUCCGACAAGAACUGUCAUCGGCAUAAACGCCGAGUCUCGACACAAGUGGGUUUUCUCCAUGAUGUCUGAUCCCUUGAAAAAUGGUGUUUUAGCGGUACAAACAAUACGAAACAACAUAAUGGCAUCGACACUUUUGGCGACGGUAGCGAUCACACUUAGUUCGCUGAUAAGUGUUUUCGUAAGCAGCAGCUCGGACACCGGCAACUCAGCCUCGAAAAUAGUUUAUGGCAACAAGAGUCCUCUACUCUCUUCAAUCAAGUAUUUUUCCAUCUUGCUGUGUUUCCUUGUCGCCUUUCUCUGCAACGUGCAGUCGAUUCGAUACUACGCCCACGUUAGCUUCUUGGUCACCGUGCCUUCGUCGGCAGGCAGCAUGGAGUCCGUUGAGUAUGUUGCAAGAAACUUGAAUAGAGCAAGUUACUUCUGGUCACUUGGACUGAGAGCAUUCUACUUAUCCUUCCCCCUACUGCUUUGGAUCUUUGGCCCCAUACCCUUGUUUUCCUGCUGCUGCUUCCUGUCAUGUCUUCUCUAUUUCUUGGACACGACGAGCAGUUUCACACGGCAACUUCACCGCAGCUCGUUCAAGGAGGACACGAUGAAAGCUGGUGAUCCGGAAUCAAUCGAUCACUCGUCGUAACUGCUAUUGGAACUUUUAAUCAUUUGAAGUAUUUGUAUUUGGCUUAGCCAAGUGUAUUUUC